ACAUGCAUCUUCAAGCAAGUCUAAAAAUGUUGCAGGAAAUUUCAGGAGCAUGGAACAUAACAACAGAAUCUGUUAAGGGAACUUGGUUUCUUCAAAUGUGAAGAGAAUAACUUAUGUAAAACCAAAAUCAAAUCAGUUGGUUGCAACUUCUGAUCACUAUAAUACAUUAAUUCUCAAUUGAAGUAAUUGAUACAUUUCAAGGUUUUGUUUUUGGGAUGAAGCUCUUCACUGGUUUCUUUGAGCAGAGGUUUUAUUUAAUUGGUGGUGAUAGAAACAAGAGAUUCUUCCGGGUUUUGAAGAUUGAUCUAUCAGAGCCUUCUGAUCUCAAUAUUAGUGAAGACCCAAUGGUUUAUUCACCACAGGAGAUGAAGAACUUGCUUCAAAUGAUUGCUGAAGGCAAUCAUGCCACAGGUGGCUUGACCUCUGUUGGAAAAGCUUACGAGGUUGCAGGUUAAUGUUGGGUUGUUCUUAUUAUGGCACUUAAAGGAUGGAUCCUAUGGAGAUAAUCCAAUUGGCUUUGGCCAUCGCAGGUUGCAUUAAAUUUUUGGAGCCACCCAUACUUGAUCCUAGUAACGAAGAGGCAUCAAAUUGGAUGUAUAUGUGGUCAUGCAAUAUAUGGUAUUGAUGAAA